GGACCUGCAACCGCCAUGGAGGGGGAGAUUGCAGAACUACGAGGUCAGCUUGCAGAAGCGCAGCGGUUUCGAGAGGUAGUGAAACGCGUGAAAGAGGCAGAGCAACGCGCGAAAGACGCAGAGCGUCAAGUCGAGCCGAACUCGUUACCAGGAUUACUAAAGGGCUGUCAUAAGCUCUCCCAGGCACUCCGCGUCCAAACGAAGGUGAUAUGGACACAGGGAGAUGCCACAACUCCUGUUAACAGGUUGUUCCCCAAGCGCAUCUUGCCCUGGAGUGAGUUCCCUCGGCUACAGGAGAAGAUAUGGGACAAGUUGAAUCGUGAUCGUACGUUCAUUCGCAAGCGCCUCUUUCAGAAUAACAAUUUCCUUGACCAAAUCCACACCUACUUCCGGAGGCAUCUAAUCUUCUCUGAGGAAUCAUUGCGUUAUUUUCAGAGGGAUACCAUAGAAAGGUUUGUGGAUGACAUCCUUGAUGCGUUGGUGCAGGACAAUACUCUUAGUCGAGAACGACGGAAUCCGCGUGCGGAUCAAUUCUGUGUGCAUGUCGCCGCUGAUCAGCAGCGAAUCCCCGCUUAUGCAGUGGAAUUCAAGGCGCCACAUAAGUUGACAAUUGCCGACUUAAUCGCAGGGCUACAUGAAAUGGAGCUGGAACAGGAUGCAAUUGAUAAAGAUGGGGAUACGUUCGAAUUUCAUGCCCGCCACUUAGUCGCUGCAGUGAUCACACAGCUCUUCUCUUAUAUGGUUGACAGUGGAGUCCGAAACGGAUACAUUUGCACUGGGGAGGCCUACAUUUUUCUCCAUAUCGCCGACGACCCAACGGUAGUCUAUUAUUACCUUUGCAUACCUAAUAAAGAUGUCAAUCCUGAGGACAAGUACCACCUCCAUCGAACCGCCGUGGCCCAGGUGCUUGCUUUUACACUUAACGCGUUGGCCGCCGAACCCCCACCCCAGAGUUGGUUCGAUGCUGCCCGGCAGAACCUCUCCACUUGGAAGGUAGAGUAUCUUAAUGUCCUGAAAGAUAUUCCAGAGUCGGUCCGAAAAGACCCCCCGUCUUCUGAGUACAAACCUUCGUACUGGAAACCCAUGGAACGAUCUCCAUAUCAUACUCGGGCGCGAGGCCGUUGUCAACCUAACCAGACAACACCCCAAGGAAGUUCAGGAGGCAGUAGCACCGAUGAAGAUGAUUUGCCGUCACCAUCGCCUGCCCCAGCCACACGCGGCCGAGGGUCGCGAGGCAGAGGACGGGGCCGAGGCCGUGGGCAAAGAUCGAAUACUAGGCACUACUGCACCAUGGUGUGUCUUCGAGGCUUGUGUACGAGAGGGCGUUUGGACCCCAAAUGCCCAAAUGUUCAUGAACACGGUUCUGGGAGACACCAAAUCAAUUCGAGCGAGUUUACGCGUAGGCUACACGCUCAGCUGCGUGGAGACCGGGACAAGGGCUUCGAACAGCUACAUAUCCGCGGUCGAACGGGUUUCCUGCUAAAGGCUACGUUACUGUCUCACGGAUGUACAGUGAUUAUAAAGGCCACGACCGAACGAAAACAACACGAUUUGCAAAAGGAAGUCGACAUCUAUAGCUCUCUACAGCAGUUACAGGGAUAUCAUAUCCCGGUUCACAUCGGUAGCUUCCAUCCUCGCAUCCCAUAUUGGUAUCAUGGAGAGCGUAUGUCCUAUAUGAUGAUUCUCAGCUGGUCUGGGAUCUGUAUGCAAACCUUGAUACUGCAAAGCGAUAAGCUCCGAGAAAUCCUUUUGUCCCGUGGUAUAGUUCACAGAGACUUCGAAUAUCGCAAUAUGCUGUGGAAUGAAAGCCUUGGCCAUGCUAUCAUGAUCGACUUUGAGGACGUGACUUGGAUAAAGGAACGACAGCCACUCGGUUCAACUUCGGGCAACCUGACCAGGAGAUAUGCUUCUGAUAAACGGAGCAUCUUACAUGGCAAUGAUCCACUUCCAUCGGGACCGAGGUCCCCCACUUAAUAUAAUUUUGGACGAAAUAGAC